ACGGAGAGACAAUAAGCGGGAGGACAUCGAAGAAUAUGCAGCGGAUUUUUUCGCCAACGGACCGAUCGGUCGAUGGUCCAAAGUCGACUGUCAGGCCGUGGCGGUCGGGUGCUGGCGGCGUCUCGACUCUUGCGCCGCGGGUUCCGCGACUCCGUCAGACGGCGCCCCGACGCUGGUACCGUCGGACGGAGCGGUCGGUCGGGCCACCAGUCAGCCUCCAGUUGAGCCACCAGUUCUCUCUCUCCCUCUCGCUCCCUCCCUCGCGGCGUACGCGCGCACCGUGCGCACCCCCCCCUCCCCUCAAGUGCGCGCGCGCGUGUUCUCCUCCGUUAGGAUCCGUUUUGGUGUGGUCGUGUGCGUGUGUGUGCGCGGAGUUGUACGCGCACAUGCACGGCGUCUCUCCUUUCUUCGUCGCGCGCUCGCCGACAUCCUGCGAGAGUCUCUAUCCGUCGAACGGCACGAGAGGGAGUCCGAGUUCCUGGCUCGUCCCUCGCGGCUGCAGUGCGUUCCCAAACAUCCACGAGACAACCUCGAAGUGUCCGGCACGCACGCACGCACGUAUCGCCUGUUUGCAAGGGCCACGAGGACCGACAGGGUCCAGUCCAUCCUGAGGGCGCGCGUCGCGGAGGUCGUCACCCGCCUCGAUAACUGGAAAAAUCGGGAAUCUCGCCCGACCCUGGGAACAGGACACCUCUCGAUGGUCCGCUGACGUGCGUGAUUCACCGAGGCCUACCCUCUGCGAAGUACGCGCUGGCGAGCUUUUCCGCGCGUGUGCUCCCCGCGAGGAUCGUGCGUGCCACUCUCGAGGGCCUCGUGACGCGUAGACGGUUCCGUGCGGCUGACAAUCUGCGGUCCAUCGCUCCGGAGAAGAGACGCCGUGUGCCGAGCCUGAAGAGGAUGCUGUGAGAUUUGGAUGGGUGUCGAGUGUAUCAGGUGACUCGAGGGUGACUGUGGUGACAGAGCGACAGGGGGUACAACGCGUUCGAUGGGAAAUGCGUCGAACGAAGAGACAUCGAGGGUGCCAAGCUCGACGGAGAAGCUAGCAGCGUGACCGACUGGGAUCUUGGCCGACUUCACCGCGUGGAUAGGUCAACGAAAGGACCACGAAGGAUCCCGAAGGCGCCGAGAAUAAUCGCCUGAGAGAGACUUUUCCUCGAUCGGUGAUCAGCUGACGCUGCCACGUUUAGGUGUCCGAGGACUCUGAGUUCCGCGAGCGGAUGGUGUGUGCAUCCUGUUGAUCCUCGGUGUCGAAUGAGCGAGGGUUAAAGGACAAACCGGUGGAGGGUUCAGGGGCGUGCGUCGGCGAGUCUCGAGCGUGUAAAUAGGUGUACAUAAGGGUCCCGCGACUCCGCACGGAGGACGUGUCUUCGCGUUUGGUCUCCCCUUUUUUCGUCUAUCUCCCUCUCCGUCGCUCCUUCUCCAUUUCUCCAGUUACUCCUGUAAGUACGGAAUAAGUAAUAAGUCGUAAGUUGUUCGAGGUUAGCUGCGCACCGAACUGUGCAACGGUGGAACGAGCGCGGUGUGUAUAAAUGUGUAUAAAUCGUAAGGCUAGGAUCUACUAAAUCUCUCGAUUCUCUGUUCUCUUUCGGGUUAACGAAGAUAAGUAUUUAAAAAAAAAAAAAACCAAUAAAAUAUUUAAAAAAUAAAUAAAUAAUGUAAUAAGAAUACAAUUCGCAAAUGCAAGUCGGAGCAGUACGGGUAUCCAGCGCUUAGCCUUUUUUAGCAGCGGCGCGAUAAUUAAUUAGCUCGCGGAGCGAAAGCACCGUCGAGCCGCGCGUAGAAACACUCCUAGGGGAAGAAGUCGGUCGUCGAACACUCGACCGGGUCGCGUUGGGUGGAAGCGUGACGCGUUUCCGUCGCGAGGAUCUCGGGUCGACGAGCUCCACGAUCAGCUCAAGGCCGAUUCGUUAGAUAAAAUCGUGCGCCGGUCGCCGCGGGAGCUCGAAUUCGCACCUCGUAGGAGGGCAUUCGAGUCCGGAUUUUUAAUCUAAGAGGAAGGUAAAAAAAAAAGGGGGACCAAUUUUUCACGUUCGUUCGCAAUCUCUUCCUUCUUUUUCAUCUCGUCCGUCGUUGUCUCUCUCGUUCCCGCGCUGUUUCCCUCCAUCCACCUUUGUCUUCUUAAUCCAGCCGGCGGACUAUCCUCAAAUCUCUCUGUACGCUCUUUCCGUAUUAACUCCGUCAUCGUGGGACCGGUGGGGCCACCGGAAGCACGAGCAGGUAGUUGCGACUAACGCAAGCAAUAAAUCAAGAGCAAACGUCGCAACCGAACGCCGGAGACUCGACUCAGAGGCACCUAGAAGAUUCGGUUCGACGCAGAAGCGACCCCUCGGUCAGGGUACGUUGAAUUCGUUCAGUGACCAGAAUAAAGGGUAAUCGCCAUCCAUCCCCAUUCAACUGGGGAGGUCGUCGAAGCGUAGACACCAGCAGCACGACACUGUCCAUUACGCCGACGAUGCCAUCAUCCUGAAACGGGCAUGACGCCUCUGGCCUCGAGAUGCGACGAGACCACCACCAUCCUGCUGCUGCUGCUACUCGAGCUGGCACCCGGUGCACGCUGCUACUCGCGCGCGGCCGUCGCGUCCACCACGACUUCGUCGAGAUAGCAUCAACAGUCGACGGCGAGGGUGCGAGUGAUGCCGCUCCUCGGCAGCAUUAUGACCAUCGACGCCGGUAGUUCGACCACGGCGUCCACCAGCGUCUUCGAGGAGAACAUGACGUGGCCUCGACCAACAGGUGGCACUACGUCUUCUGUUAACGAGGCCCACUCGAGCCGCGCGAUCCCGAGCGACGAGCAGCAUCCUCGAACAGGGAAUCCCGACGUCGACGGAGGACUCGACAUCGACGGAGGACCCGACGUCGACGGAGGACUCGUCGUCGACGCCAGGGUGAACACCACAACGGUACAAGAGGUCGGCGUUCAGGGCAAGGAAGGAACGACGAGGACGGACUGUGCGUGCGUCAGAUCGUACACCGGGGGACAAUACGUCGGCGGGGACAGCACGUCGGGAUCGCCGUUCCUCGUCGCUGACGAGACGGACGAGCUGGACGUGACGGGGAGCGGCGAGGGGAGCACCGCUGGUCUGAACAGCACCAUCGGCGUCGAGAAAGAGGACGCGGCAGGGCUCAGAGAGCUGGAGCUGCUGUUCGGUUUGGGCGGGAUCAUGGAGGACAUCGGACCGUACAACGACUCGUUCAACGACAGCCUGCCAUUGGGGUGGAACAGUAGCCUGAGCAACGACACGUCCACGUACGUUAUCUACGGCGAGAGCAUGUACCCCUCGGGCUACACCAUGCCGCACAUAGUGCUCGCGUCGAUUAUAGCGACGCUGCUUAUGAUCGUGAUCGUCGUUGGUAACAUGCUGGUGAUAAUCGCUAUCGCCACCGAGAAGGCGUUGAAAAGCAUACAGAACUGGUUCAUCGCCAGUCUAGCGGUGGCGGAUUUCUUCCUAGGUUUGGUGAUCAUGCCGUUCUCCUUGGCAAACGAGAUCAUGGGCUAUUGGAUCUUCGGCUACUGGUGGUGCGACAUUUACUCGGCCAUGGACGUGUUACUGUGCACCGCCAGCAUCAUGAACCUGUGCCUGAUCAGCCUCGACAGAUUCUGGAGCAUCACUCACGCAGUGGAGUACCUAAAGAAGAGGACGCCAGCCAGAGCCGCGCUGAUGAUCGCUCUGGUGUGGUUGCUCUCGGCUCUGGUGUGCAUCCCGCCGCUAUUGGGUUGGAAAAGACCCACUCCGGAGGAGGAGUACCCCAAGUGCAAGCUUUCAGAGGACAUCGGCUACGUCCUUUAUUCCGCCCUCGGAAGCUUCUACAUCCCGUCGUGCAUCAUGGUGUUCGUGUACAUACGUAUAUACUUCGCGGCGAAGGCUCGCGCGCGUCGCGGCAUCAGGAAGCAGCCGCGACGCCGAACGACGGCACCGCCCGAGUCACCGGACGUCAGGCAAACCAGCUUCACUCAGAGCACGCCCGCCACAGAGACGAAGAAACCGCCGGGGUCCGUCAUGGAGAACGUCGCCACCAUCGAGAACCAACCGGUCCAGAUAGUCAUCGUCACCUGCGACUUCGCCAGCGACGUCAGCACCUCCGAGCCAGACCCUGGCGGGGGUAACAGCAUACCACUGGAGGAGAAGGACACGCUCAAGGUGGCGAUCCCAAUGCCGAUGCCGAAGAGCAUCCUGAAGGCGACCAUGUCGGUGAACGGCGACGGGCAGUCGAGCGUCCCGCCGCGGUGCCGGGCGCCGAGCGUCGGGAUCGACGUCGACAUGGUCUCCGAGUUCGACCCGUCGUCGUCGGACAGCGGCGUGGUGUCCAGGUGCGCAGUGGUGAAACCGCUGAAACUGCGACUAUGCCAGCCGAUUUUCGGUCGCAGGAACCUGGCCAAGCUGAGACGGGAGCACGGCGACGUCGGCCGGCACUCGGCGAAGGACGAGGCCGCCGAGGCGAAGUCGAAACCCCGGGACCCCGAGAGAGAGAAGAGGAGACUGGCGAGGAAGAAGGAGAAACGCGCCACGCUGAUCCUCGGCAUCAUAAUGGGCAGCUUCAUCGCCUGCUGGCUGCCGUUCUUCGUCCUCUACAUCGUGAAGCCCCUGUUCCCGUACCUCGAUAUACCCUCGCAGGCGUUCGUCAUAGCCUUCUGGCUAGGCUACAUGAACUCGGCCCUGAACCCCUUCAUCUACACCGUCUUCAACAAGGACUUUCGCCGCGCGUUCCGCAGGAUACUGUUCAAGUGAACCAGGUCAUUCCUCGACUGCUCCUCGAAUUCCGAGCGGGUUCUGGGUACCGCGAAGAGGGAUCGAUCGCGCGUAUCCUCGUCGCAAGGGAAACGAGGAGGACGGUCGAAGGAAGGACUUGAACGCCCGGCGACGUCUAAGAGGCCCAAAGCCCCUAGCUGAAGCGGUGGGGGUGCGUACCUGGGCGCGGCAAAUGGACAAAUUUCUUAUCUAGAUACACACAUCGCGUAACGAAUCAAAAUGAACUCAACGACGCAGGGACAGGGGAUUGUGUGUUACGAUCGCGAUGAGGAAUUACGAGUAGUCAGUAGGUGGGCUGGUUGUUUCAAUUUGGCAACUAGCUUCCGGUGCGUUCGUGUUUGAUAAACAAGGAGGAUCCCGAGGGCUCGGACCCCUCUCCUUUUCUCGAUCAGCGGUAGAAGCUAGGAGAUUGUGCUCGUGUCGCCAGACAAACCGCGUUCGACUACUGGCUACGCGAUGAGAAUCAGAAUUUGAAUUACAGACUGCCCGAUCGGAUAAACGUCACGAAUAAAUCGCUACACGAUGGCUUUAUUCGUCAUUUAUUAUUCGGAAUAAUAGGUUGCCCAUCUCUGACGCGGUGAAACUCGAGAUAGACGGAAUCGUCGAGAUUCGCGGAAAGCUAGUGCCGGGGAUGGGAUCACGAAGGAAAUCCUUGGUGAGGAAUUUGAGAUUUGGUUAGGCCACUUGUGCUUGGUGGAACACAUAUGGCGACCUCGUCAGGGUACGAGCGUGUUAAGAUGGUAGCGCCCUUGGCUGCAGGGUAGCGACAGAUCAGGGCCUGCUUGGGAGAAGAUUUAUUGAAUAUUGGAGCUUUAACUCUUCAUUGCGUGAAUUUUAUUUUAUUUCGCGGUUAUGGAAUAUUAAAAAUAAAUGGAUGUAUCAAUGGAGCAAUUAAAUUCUCCGAGCGCACAUCUUGUGAAAUUUCUUCAAUGAACUUUACAUACAACAUUUUUGCAAUUAAAUCUUCAGUUAGGGAUACUACGUAGGUCCAUGUCUUUCGCCGCCUAGACCAACCAGUCAUACAACAAGAAGUCGAUGGUGAAGGCUUGAGUGACCCAAAGCUACCAUGGUAUACUAGCCACAGUCAGUGUUACGCUUGACCAAAUGAUUCCUGCUCUUCUAAAAGUUCCCAGCGCCAGAAUUAAUCACGAUCCCGUUUUCUUUAUGCAAACGUCUGCCUAAGCUGAUAACUCUCUCCCAGAUGAGCAUGAAUCAUCGUGACCAAGUGUACAUGAGACUCUGUAGCCAACAGGCUACUACAAGGAGAGAUUUAUUCGGGGUACACCCAACAGGGACUCAGCUAUUACAAACUGACGUAAAUAGAUUGCUAUUUUUGUGCCACCAACACUCGUGAGGUCUGCAGAUUCAAUGUACACCAUUAUCAAUCUGCAGUCGAACGUGCGAGUCACGAAGAGCUCGAGAUGAAAAGGUGUUCGGGACACGAUUUGCCCGCGGUGGUCAUGAAUCCUCUAUGAGGUGUCCCGGACCGCCGUGUGUCAGCGACAGCUGCUACUUCUCCCUCGAUCGGAUACAACUUCCGACUAGUUGUCAAUUCACAACGACAUCGUCGAAGACGAAUGGAACCUCGCGGGCACCUCGACAGAGUCGAGGAAAUUGCUACGCUACGUUUCGAGCUAACUGUGCACUCCGUGAGAAAUUCGUGUCGGCUUAUAUAGGGCCAGUUAGGCGUUACCCCCCUCCUAAUCUGCGCCUGAUUUGACCGCGCAUUAUGUGACGGCUGCGCAGUAUCAUUACGCCACUGACUGCUCGACGGAGCGGGUCGGACCCUGCCGCAACAUCUAAUUACCGUGUUUAAACUUGCUAUUCGUCUGAAUUGUAAUGCAUGUCUAUACUUUGUCUAAAUGCUUUGGUUUAAUAAGAACAAGAAGCAAAUACCGGUAGACUUAAUACUUGUGGAAGUUUAAAUUGCAUUUCAUUUGAUAUACCAUCCUGAUACAUAUUGCGUUAUAAGUAUUCCAUAGAUUUUCCUUGUACAUACGAAUUCGUUUUUAGUACGCCAUAAAACGUAUACAAUAAAGAAUAAUUUAUUAUUUCUUAGAAUGAUAACCUGUAAUAUCAUUUCAUAGUACUUCAUGCAUCUCGUUUCACGUAUGUAAAUAAAUUCCAUCUAGUAAAGAUGCUUCAGAGUGUUCGAUCCGCUCCGUCGGACAGUCAGCGACAUAAUGACUUCAGCGCAGCCACGUCGCGCAACUGCCACGCCCCCACGCAUAUCCGACCGUGACGUGGACCAAUAGCAAGUGGUAGCGCCCAGCUGACUACAUUAAUUUUCAUUUCCACGUGACAUGAAGCCGCGACUUUUAAUACCGUAAUGUCACAACACUUCUCACCGUAGAAAAUUAAUCGUCGCAUUGCCAUGGCAUUCCGAAACACACGAAAUAACGAAGUCCUGACUCCAUGUCUAAAUAGACUUCCCUCCAAGUCGACACGAAUUUCCGUCAUCGAGUGUGCAACCUAAAAACCUACGAAUAAUAUUUUCGAGUGCGUUUUACUCGAUGAAGCCACUCGACGAGCCUUCGUGACUGCGAAAUGUCGUUCUCCGUGUUCUCAGCCCCGGAAAAAUCGGUCGCUCCAAUUUUUUCCCCCGAUUCGCUCCAUCGAAACUUCCUCUCGUCUUCGUCCAUCCGCGGAGGGGAGGAACGGAAACGAGUACCCGCGGCAUUCUUCCUUCACUGAGUUCCUCGGACAGAUGGCGCACGGUCCGAAUGUAAAUUAAAAGUCGCGACAAUCCAUUAUUAUCGAUGUGAAUGUAGAUAUGUAUAGUUAACGCGUAUGCGUGUGUAUAUAAUACGUCGCGCGGCGGCCGUUCCUGGAGUUUUUUGUUCCAGCCAACCAGCGAAGUAGUAUCAGUGUACAGUGUCAGCCGACCGGGGCUUGCGGGUGACCGAGGAAGCUCCUGUUUCCUUUUGGUACGACGUGGAAAGAAUCAUCUGGUGUUCGUGUCGAGGAGUUAGGACGAGGAAAGAAGUUUCAGAGAUAGUUGAAAUACACGGAUCCUGAGAUACGACAUCGGGUGGAAAGUUUCUCUGCUGGCUGAGGACGGGAUGGAGGGGGGAUUGGAAAGAUGACAGAAUAGGGGGAAGAAUACAUCGAACGAACGGAACAUCAAGUUCCGAGGCUGUUUCUAGCGCGCGACCGACGGGACGGAAACUUUCGGGGCGGCUUCCCCACACACACACAAUACGUACUGGUCAUACGAUAUUAUAUACGCACACCGGUGUACGAUAUCAGAAGGGACGAAGAUCUCGGGGCGGGCGCGAGUCCAAGGUGGCGCGAUCGAAAGAUCGUCGGUGACAAAUAAAACGAAAUCACGCGAAUCGAAUCAUGUUUCCUAUUAAGUAGGCACACCGUUUUAUCGUAGGGGCGGUCACCGUCAAUCGUGUAACGUUUAAUGACGAGUUUUCGAAUUUUACGACUUAAAUAAGGGGUAAGGGGAGGGAGAACAAUGUACAGUGUCAAUGAAAGAUGUUCGAGUCGAGGGAGGGGUACGUGGCUGACUUCGCGGUACUCCCUCUUCUAUUGGGUCACGUGACGGUCGCGUAGACUAAGGGGCGCGGAAUCUCGUUUGCAUGAACUUCUGGGAAAAAAUACAUCUUUGUUUAUAGUUUUAAAUACGAGGUUAUCAAUCACUGUGGGGAAAUUAUUAUCUGUUAAAUACAUGUCUGAUGUAUGUAACCUACACAGGAGUCUGUUGCGCACUAGAGUAGCGCAAUUGCCACACCUCCAGACAUGCAUGGACACAGAAAAAGCAAGAGAAGAGGUAACGCGAAGCUGGCCACGUUCUCUUACCGAGGCACGAAUCUCUGUCACCGAACGUACACGACACGUAAUAAUAAUAUUAUUAAUAAUAGUAAUAAUAAUACACGUAGACGUUUCUCGGACAUCAAUGAUCAGAAAUACGUGUUGCAGCGUGUGAAGAAGUUUUCGAUAUGGAAAAAAAGACGACUCUCGACGGUGAAUUUCAGUUCACGCGGUUUUAAACAUUAAUUUCGAUUACCAUGGAUCACGUUUAAAGAUGAACGCGCAGCACAGAAAGCCGCGGUUUCAAUUAUUACGCGGCAUUACGCAAUGUUUGCGCGCCGGGGCGCCAAUUCUCGAUGGGCCGCUUUAUAAUUUAACGCUUCCCAGCCUCGUAGAAGCGCACCAACCGCGCCGCCCCCGUAACCGAUCAAUUCGCGUCGAAACUUGCUCGCGCUUCCCUUUGAUCCGUUGGAUUCUUCUGGACCGAUUAUCGCACCUAGCGGACGCCUCGCUUACCCGGUUUCGGUACACGAAACGAUCACGAGGAAGAUAUUUCAGGUAUGGAACGGGUCGUCGAAGAUGGUGAGUGAAUCUAAAGAUCGCAUCAAAGGCGCUGAUAUCUUUUUUUCUUUUAAUGUUAUUUCACGGAAUUCCUUUUAAAUUCAUCGGUGCAUUUUUCUUUUCGAAAUUCAUCGAUGUUGCGACGUUACGAAAAAUAGUGAUCGAACUCCGAAUGAUCGACAUAAACGACACGCCGCGCGCAUAUAUGCCGAAUGAAUUCGAAAAAAGAAUUUCCCCGGUGUUUUUUUCUACCAUCGUGGCAUCUCUAUAACGCAGAUUAAAGUUCGACUCUGCGGCUGCAACCAUGAGGAAUUCAAAUAAAAAAUUUCCACGGAUUUCUGCACCAACCUGACCGAAAUUCGGCUAGUUUCGGUGACUCGUUAGAGAUCGACCUCGCUUCUACAAUUCUGCGUCGAAAAUGCAGCAGAAAAUGCUUCGCUUUUCAGUUAGCCAAUUCGUUGCGUCUAAAAAAAAAUGAAUGUUGCAUCGUGGAAUCGCGCUUUUCACGCGAAGGGGAUGGUACAUGUAGAGUAUUCGUAGUGUAGGGG